UUGGUGUAGCUGGGUGCCACCUGAGGCUUGAGGCAGGAUGGAUGAGCCACAGGCUGGCCAGAAACCGGUGGUAGUCGCCAUCGGAGGGUUCCUGUGCGGAGGUGGCGACUUGAACGGGCGCGUGUACUCGUUUUGGAGGAUUCCAUCGGCAGCGCUGGAAGCACAAGGCUUUCGCGUCGUUACGGUCAGCCCUUCUCCGGUGGGAUCUCUGCACGACAGGGCCUGCGAGAUUUUCUACGAGCUGAAAGGUGGCACUGUGUGCUACGGUCAGGAGCACUCCCGUGCUCACGGGCACGCCUGCCACGGUGAGACGUACGACGUCGGGUUGUUCUCCGCUUGGGGGGAAGACAACCCUAUCCACGUCAUCGGGCACAGCUACGGCGGGCAGACGGCGAGGGUAUUGCAGCACCUGCUGGCCACGGGAUUCUUCUCCAAGCCUGGCGAGUACCAAACGAGUGCGGCGUGGGUAAGGAGCGUGACCACGUGCAACUCGCCCUUGAACGGCUCCUUGCUGGUGUACAGCUUGGGCGAGAGGGCCGACACUGCACCGGAGGUACGCCUCGGCUCCCACGGCCACCUGCUCUCGGUGGCCAUCCACGCGCUGGAGCUCCUGGACUGGCCGCUGCUGAAACGUUUUUUCGACCCAAGGCUGUCGCACUUUGGGUUAUCCUGGCGGCGUCGCGGGUGGCGCCAGGGGCUCAAGGUCGUCGCCCUUGCUGUGGUGGGCAAGAGCGUGAUCUACUCCCAGCCGGACAACGCGGCCUUUGACAUGACGGUGCAGUCGGCGCAUCGCUUAAAUCAGGAGAUCCACACUGACCCCCACACCUUCUACUUCAGUUUGGUGGGUACAGGACUAAAGGAAGAGGAGCUAUUGGUCUCGCCUACGGAUACUGGCCAGACUAAGUGGGUGUUCAGGGUUUGGGCGCGGCUGCUGUCGCUUGGUCCGGGGUGGAAGGGGAUGACGACAAAGCUCGUGUAUUCGGCGUUGAAACGGCUACACUCGCGGCAAGUUGGGGCCCACGCGAGUGCCAUAGAGAGCCGCCUCGGAGUGGCCGCGGACUCGUGGAGUUCAGCGGGAGACGAUGGCGUUUUGGAGGGGUAUACUCAAAGCCAUCCCCGUGUCCCCGAGGAGUGCGAAGCGCCUGUGAGGGUCGGCCUCCCCCGGUGCCACUCCGCGCUCAAGCCCGGCGUGUGGCACACCCUCUCCGUCCACGCGGACCACAUGUGGACCAACGUCGACGAGGCGUACACCUGCCAGGUCUUCGAGCGCCUGGCCCUGACGCUCCUCGGGCCGGUGGUGGUGAUGAUAUCAAGAGAGUCUGAUUCUGCCUCACUCACUUCGCUUUCGUAGCAGCAGCGGCCGGGCCGUCGUGAUGCUGCCACCCCUGUCCGGAGGAGCGCUCGCCUGCUAGCCAAGGCGCGACGAGCGCACAUAGACCCGCAGCGGGAGGGGACUACGACGAUCUGAUCUGAGUCUGCGGACGCGCAGGACUAUGCGACCUGUCGCGGUGGCAGUAGUGUGCCUGUAGCGGCGCCUGGGGAAGCGGAGCGCACAGAGGGGAGCGGGGUUCGCUGCGGACUUUGUGCAACAGGGAGGACAGCGACAGCGGCGGUUGGUCUCGAUGGGGUGCCGUUUGAGAAGAAGGCCUUUCACCCGAGGUUGUGGAGGGCGUUUUGUGCGUGGCCGUUCUUGCGGCGUUGCUGCUCUCGUUUCUGCUUUUUUUUGCCAUGCCGAACGGCGCCACCGAUUGCAAAAGCGGCGCCGGCGUAGCGGAUGAAGUAUUUGUUCCGAGAACAUGUUCUUCAGUUUCGGGUUCUGUUGGUCUUGUGGAGGGUCGAGCAUCCUCCGGCAUCGAUUUUGAUUCCCCAGGUCUAGCGGGGGUCUGAUGUUCUCGGUCGGCAAUGGUGAUAUAUCGGAGUAGGGUGUAUAUUUGUUGGGUGCUGCGGGUGCAGCUUUUGCCGUGGUUUGUUUGUGGACUGGUGCCGUGUCUGUGUGUGUGUUGUUUUGAGGUCUGUCUCAGCAUGUUGUUUCGAGGUCUGUCUCGGCUUGAGGCGGUAGGUAGUGUUGUGUUGCAAUGUAUCAUGUGCGUGGUGGAUGGCCGUACUUGGGGACCAAAAAACGGAAAAUACCGUGUUAUGAAACCGUUCGACAUGUGUGCCAAGUUUAGUGAUCGACCUUACUUCGGUCAAAAUACCGAAAUCUUGUGUGGUGAUACGGUUCAACAUGUGCAAAAUUUUAGCCAUGAAUGAGUGUGGUGGACUUCGCGACGUUUCUGCAAUUAGUAAAUGUCCCGCCCUCUCACGAGUCGCUUUAGUGUGUGGAGCUCAAGCUGAGCAAGGGAAGAGCAGGCGGGUCGCCAAAGCAGUUGGCAUGUUAACACAUACUUCGUAUUGCCUUUGCUGUCUGUCGCUCCUACUUGUCUUCGUGGCUUUCAGAGUGAGUGGCUGUGUACGCGAUGGGGUUGCGGCGGGGUCCUGCAUUUCGCCCAUCAAGCUUACAAAUAGGAUCCAGUCACCCAUUGAU